CGUUUUAAGAACCGAUCCAAGAUGUCUUUUCUCCUGUUUCUUGUUUCUGUGAAUACGUUUCAAAGAUGCACGAUGCCUUUCAAGUUACUACAGUAGUUGACAAACUAAGUCGUAUUGAGUCCAUUUUUGCCCAUGGUAAUAUAAGAUAUCAUGACCUACGCUCAUCUUUGUUUUUAUAGGUGAUCGACUUUUAAUCGGCACAGGUGUAGGCCAGUUACUUGUGUAUGAUAUUAAAGAACCACUCGUGGCUGACAACAAUGAAGUGCCUGAAGUUACUCUCUCUCAAACUAUCAAAACAUUCUCAAAGCGACCUAUUGAACAACUCGACAUUAUUAAAGAGAUUGAUGUACUUGUGUCGUUAUCAGAUGGCUUGGUGAGCCUUCAUGACUUGCGUACAUUUGAACUGAGAAUGGCACUUGGCAAGACCAAAGGAGCUAAUUUGUUUGCUAUCCAAACUAUGGUUGAAAUGAGUCCUGAAGAACAAGUACCUGUGUUGACCACUCGAUUAGCAGUGGCUGUACGUAAAAAACUCUUGGUAUUUGUCUGGAAAGAUACAGAGUUUUUUGAGACGAAAGAAUUGAAUUUGCCUGAUCGUAUCAAGGCCAUGUCCUGGGUUGGAACCACCAAGAUUUGUUUGGGAUUCUCGACAGAAUAUGCCUUGAUGGAUGUGGAACAGGGUCAAUUGACAGAGUUGUUUGCACCUACAGGUGUCGAAGUAGGUCCUAUGAGUACAUUAAACAGUCUGUACAAUAUGUCAAUUGGUGUACGUGGAGGAAAGCCUAUGAUUACCAAGAUUCCUAACAAUGAAAUGCUGCUUGCUCGAGACCACGUGAGCAUCUUUUUGGGUCUGGAUGGCACACCUACACGUAAAGUGGGUAUUGAAUGGUCAGGAGCACCUGAGCAAAUUGGCUAUUCUUAUCCUUACGUGAUUGCUAUCUUGCCAAAGCAUGUCGAAGUACGAAACAUUCAGACAUUGACACUGGUGCAGCAAAUUGAAUUGUCGAAUACAAAAUUCUUGAACCAAGGCAAACUUGUCUAUGUAGCCAGUACUUCACAAAUCUAUCGUCUUACGCCUUUUAGUUUUUCUUCACAGAUUGACCAAUUGGUCGAGAAACAAGAGUAUAAAGAGGCAGUCAGUCUGUUGGAUCAAAUUGAUGCUGUCUUGGUAGAGAAUAAGGAAAAGAAACUGACGACCAUUAGAACAGCGUAUGCGCAUGACUUAUUUCGUGUUGGCGAAUAUGAUACAGCACUUGAUUUAUUUCAAGAAUUAAAUACGCCUGCAGCUGAAGUGAUCAGUCUUUAUCCUGAAAUGAUCUCGGGUCAUUUAGCUAAAAAGACACAGGAAGACAUAGAAGAAGAGGAUGAGGAACAAGAUGUAUCUUCUCGAAAACAUGAAGAAGAUCCUCGACCACCUAGUCGUGCUUCCACUAAAAGUAGAGCUACCAUACUGAGUCAUCAAAGUCAACCGAAAAGGAAAGAGACAGUGCCCUUGACUGGACUGAAUUUACGUGAUGCUGUGACGUAUCUGAUUCGAUACUUGACAGACAAACGUCAAAAACUAGCACGAAAACUUAAUGGAAGCGCUUCUUCUCAUAAGGCAGCUUCAGACAGCUCUACUUUGGAAACCAAUAGCCAUGAUGAAGAAGAUUUGCUUUAUCAGGCUACUUUGGUCGAUACUUCUUUACUCAAGUCUUAUAUGAUGACCAAUGAUGCCUUGGUGGGGCCUUUGCUCCGUGUACAGAAUCACUGUGAUGUAGAAGAAUGUGAAAAUAUCUUGAUGGAUAAAAAGAAAUACAAGGAAUUAGUGGAUCUCUAUAACUGUAAAGGACUCCAUGCAAGAGCCUUGGAUCUAUUGGAAAAACUUGGAAAACAAUCCGAGGGUCCUUUAAGAGGCGUGUUGCCUACAAUCCGUUAUUUGCAAAAACUAGGAUUAGACCACUUUGAUCUUGUACUGCAAUAUUCACGAUGGGCAUUAGAAAAAGACCCAAAGCAUGGCAUGGAUAUCUUUAUUGACGAUUUAGCAGAAGUGGAAACAUUUCCCCGGGAUAGAGUAUUGCAGCAUUUGGAGUCUAUUUCAGGUGAUUUAGCCAUCCAUUAUCUAGAAUAUGUGAUUGAAGAACUCCAUGAUGAAUCACCCGAAUUUCACAACAGACUUGUGAUUGCUUACUUGGACAAAAUCACCAAAGAUAAAACUAUUGUACAAGACAAGGAGAAAAAGAGCAAUUUGAGAUCUAGAUUGAUUUCUUUUUUGACUGAUUCUGUUUUUUACAAGGCUGAAAAGAUUCUUUCUCGGUUGCCUAUAGAUGAUUUGUUUGAAGAGCGUGCUAUUCUCUUGAGUCGUAUUGGACAACAUGAUCAAGCACUUGAUAUUUAUGUCUACAAGCUAAAGAACUAUGCUAUGGCAGAAGAAUACUGUACCAAGGUCUUUCAAGAAGAUCCUGUCCGAGGCGAGAAAAUGUAUUUGACGCUACUCAAAGUCUAUCUUCAACCUAGUAAUAAUCAAAAGCCAUUGACUGAACCAGCAUUGGAUUUGUUGGCUCACCAUGGUUCUCAUAUUGAUGCUAGUCAAGUGUUGGCUAUCAUGCCUACAUCUACUAAACUGUUUGGUCUUUUCCCCUUUUUUGAAAAAUACAUUCGAGAAUCCAACAAGAAUAGAAACAUGGAUUUGAUUGUCAAGAACCUUUUAAAAGCAGAACAAAUACAGGUUGAAGAACAAUUGAUGUUCUAUAGAUCAAGAGCCGUCAAGAUUACGGAAGAUAGAAUGUGUCCACAAUGCAACAAGAGAAUAGGCAACAGUGUUUUUGCUGUGUUUCCUAAUGGUGUUGUGGUCCAUUACUCUUGUAAAGAAAAGAUUGAACAAACACAAUGGAAGAUUUUAUAAUCAGUCAACAUACCCUUUAUCAUGAAAUCAAUAAACACACAGGUUCAUUGUAGUCAAGUUUUUUUUAUAUAUAAGCAUAUCUUUGUGUUCUCUAUGAAUCUAUCGAACUGUACUAGCCUUGAACAUCUUAACCAUUAUACACCAUGCCAAAAAUGCACCUUGCUAGCCAUGAACUUGCCAAC